UCUUGGAUUAAAAUUGAAAAAUGUCUAGUAACUUUCGUUUUCAGAGCUGUUGCGUCAUCUCCCUCUGCUGUUCCAUCAAAGCCAUUUCUUAGGCCUAGUUUGUUUUCCAAUGUGCCACCUACAAUUCUUUUUUAUGUUAAAGGAGCGAAAGUGGCAAAACCAAACAAAUCCGUGUGCUCGAAAUUAACCUGGUGCCAUAAUAGCUUGCUUCCGAUUGUCAUGAGGCAGUGCCUUUCUGCUAGUCAUUUUAAAGUUGUUGAUGAAAAUUCGAAAUGGAUUGGUUAUUGGGGGAGACAUUUGAAAUCAGUGCAGUACAAAACUAUCCAACCAUAUCAGAAGGCAAAAAUCUUUCUAUCAUCAGAUUUUGUUUGGGAAUUUCAGGUAAAUCACUUUCCUGGGGCUUUCCAUAUGGGCAGAAAGGAUCGCUUAUGGCAACAUAUCCAAGAAAUGAUGGAUUUAUGGGGUGAAGAUGAAUACUGUAUUAUGCCUACAACUUACAUAUUACCACGCGAAAUGAAGAAAUUAAAGGAGUACCUUCAUUCUUCUAAACAUAGAAAUGUCAUAGUCAAACCGCCUGCAUCUGCUCGAGGCACUGGAAUAACAAUUGCUAGUCGGGUUCGCCAAAUACCUGCUAAAACUCCUUUAGUUGCACAGCAUUACCUAGAACGGCCGCUACUAAUAAAUGGUGCUAAAUUUGAUCUGAGACUGUAUGUACAUAUACCUUGUUUGGAUCCGCUUCGGAUAUAUUAUUACAAAGAAGGCCUCGUUCGUUUCGCAAGUGUUCCAUACAGCUCUACCCCGUCGUCAUAUUCCAAUAAGUUUAUUCACUUAACAAACUAUAGUAUAAACAAAUUUGCGGAGUCUGCAGGCGAACGCACGUCCCCUGUACCGAAAUGGCGAGUUAAUGAGUUGUGGGAUUACAUGGCAAAGGAUCAUGACGUUCCGCUUCUUCAAAAGCGCAUUAUUGAUGUUAUCAUCAAGGCAGUUCUAGCGUGUGAGAAUUCAAUCCGGGCGCAUCAGAAGAAGCAUAGUCCUUACUCUUUUACAAGUCACGAAUUAUACGGAAUGGAUAUACUGAUUGAUGAGGACUUAAAACCAUGGCUUCUAGAAGUCAAUAUUUCCCCCUCUCUUCAUUCCGGCACUCCUUUAGAUAUUAGUGUCAAAGCUCCGCUUGCUAAGGAUGUUCUGAACCUUUGCGGCGUGCAAAUUCCUCCCCAGCAAAGUGGUCACUCGUCGCUUUCAAUUGAUUAUGGAGUUAAGCCGUUUCACGGGCUAAAAACUAAAGAAGAUCUUAGCAAAGAGGAAUUUCAUAUCAGUUAUUACAACCGAUGUAAAAUAAUAGAUCCCGGUAUACUAGAUGAGCUGACCCCGUCGGAUGUCCGAACGCUUGUUGAUUUUGAAGACGAGCUGACGCGAGUGGGGAGUUUUGAACUUAUUUUUCCUACGGUCGAAACUGAAAGAUACACCAAAUAUUUCAAUGAAAUUUUAUACUCAAAUCUUUUAUUAAUGUACUGGCAAAAAGUGUACAGCGAAGACCGUGGAAGAGGACGAAAGAUUUUAGAUGAACUCUGUAAAGAGGGUCUUCAUCACUCAGAUAUCUCAAUUGAACAGUUUGCUCAGUGA